AUGGCCGUGACUCCGUGGCAGUUCAAGUUCUUCGACGUCUCGCAAGUGAAGCUCGCCGACGACGAGAGCGCGUUCCUCGCCGAGCCUGGAAACACCACUUGCGUCGUCGCCGGCUCCGAGAGCAUCUUCGUUGGGAGCGCCGAUGGCGUCGUCCGCAUCCUGUCGCAGGCCUUCAAGGUCGUGCGCGCGUUCCAGGCGCACGAUGCCGGCGCAAUCACCUACAUGAAGCAGAUCGAGCGCACUGCGCUGCUGGUCACGAUAGCAGAGGAUCUGUCCAGCGAGCCCGUGCUGAAGGUCUGGGCGCUGGACAAGCUGGAGAAGAAGACGGGCAUUCCACGAUGCCAGAGCACGCUUCGGAUCCAGAACGGCCGCAAGCAGUUCCCAGUCUCCGCCUUCGCGGCCCUGGACGACCUCUCGCAGCUCGCAGUGGGCUUCGGAAACGGCGCGGUCACGGUGGUUCGGGGCGAUCUCAUCCACGACAGAGGAGCGAGGCAACGGACCGUCUUCGAAUCCGAGGAGCCCAUCACUGGCAUCGAGUUCCGGGAAGGGAACAUCACCACCCUGUAUAUCGCCACGACCGCACGGAUCAUGACGCUCGUGAUAUCGGGACGGGGUCAAGGUCAGCCUGCAAAGUCGCUGGACGAGUACGGUUGCGCCAAAGACUGCAUAGCCGUUGAUAAGAGCACGCGAGAUGUCCUUGUCGGGAGAAAUGACGCAAUCUACUACUACGGUCAGCAUGGUCGUGGCCCACCGUAUACGUACGAAGGAGAGAAGAAGAUGGUCUCGACAUACAAGGACUACGUAGUCAUUGUAGCGCCGCCGAAGUCGAACGCAAUGCCUAGGUCAAACCCGUUGCGAGCUUUUGGCGUUGGCGCGACCGACGAUGCCUUCAACACAUCGACCUUUACAUUGCUGAAUACGGAGCUACGAUAUGUAGCGCAUCAGGAACAGCUGACAUCACAGGUGCAGAGUGUCGUGUCUGAGUGGGGCGAUCUGUUUGUUUUCACCAUAGAUGGAAAGAUCUUCAGGUACCACGAAAAGCCGUUCGCACAGAAGCUCGACAUCCUGUACCAGCGUAACCUCUACGUCUUGGCCAUCAACCUGGCUCAGAAAGCUGGCCUCGACGCAUCACAACAGAAUAUCAUACUCAGGAAGUUUGGCGAUUACCUGUAUUCGAAACAGGACUACGACACGGCCAUGCAGCAGUAUCUGAAAGCAAUCGACAACACAGAGCCUUCCCAGGUCAUUCGAAAGUUUCUGGAUACCCAAAGGAUACACAACUUGAUUGAAUACCUGGAAGAACUCCACGAUCACCACAAAGCUACCUCGGACCAUACGACAUUGCUGUUGAAUUGCUACGCGAAGCUCAAGGACGUCGACAAGCUGGAGGAGUUCAUAAAGUCGCCGGAUGACCUGAAGUUCGACCUCGAUACUGCAAUUUCCAUGUGUCGACAAGGAGGCUACUUCGACCAGGCUGCCUUCCUCGCGCGUAAACACGGCGAGCAUGAGCUCGUUGUCGAUGUUCUCAUUGAAGACUCAAAGAGACACGCGGAGGCAUUGGCUUACAUCUGGCGCUUGGAGCCCGAAGUCGCUUACUUCAACCUCAUGAAGUAUGCCACGGUCUUGCUUCAGCACAUACCGAAGGACACAACUCAGCUAUUCAUCGAGUACUACACAGCCGCAUUUCGACCCAAGAAGGAUGCCAUCAUAAUACCCGACGCCCCCGUAUCUGGAGGUGGGCUGGGCAUGGGAUUUGGUGUAGCCUCAAGCGCAGUGCAAAACCUAGCUGCGCUAUUGCCGUUGCCUUACAUGAAUACUAGUGCGCUUGCAUCACCACCUACCGGCGAGCAGAAGAGCACAAUGAGCCAGGCCCAAAUCAUUGAGCAGGUUUCUGAUGAACCAGCCCCCCAGUACAAGGUGCCCAAACCAAGAACAGCAUUCUCCGCCUUUGUAGAUCAUCCGCAGGAGUUCAUCGUGUUCCUCGAGGCGUGCAUCGAGUCGGACAAUUUGCGAGAGGAUGACAAGGUCGAUCUGUACACGACAUUAUUCGAGAUGUACUUGCACACCGCCUCUUCCAAGAAGGAUGGUGAGCGCCAGACAUGGGAGAACAAGGCUAAGAAGCUUGUGGAGGGCAAGGACAUACCCAUCGACACAUCGAAUGUUCUGCUGCUCUCGCAUCUUUCCAACUUCCGCGACGGCGCAAUACUCGUCCGCGAACAGCAAGGCCUUCACUUCGACAUAUUCCGCAGUUACACCGCGGCAGGCGACACACAGGGCGCGAUCCGUGCUCUGCGCAAGUAUGGCCCAGAGGAGCCGGCCUUAUACCCUGCCGCACUUGCCUACUUCACGUCUUCGCCUGAGAUUCUCGCCGAAGCCGGCGAUGAGCUCGACUCGGUCUUGAAGAAGAUUGACGAAGAAGGGCUCAUGGCGCCGCUUCAAGUUAUACAAACGCUGUCGACGAACGGCGUUGCUACCAUGGGUAUGAUCAAAUCUUACCUGAGCACGACUAUUGAACGCGAACGUGUUGAGAUUGCAACAAAUCGACGCACCAUCGAGACCUUCCGUGCCGACACUGAAGCGAAGAAAACCGAGCUUCAAAUCCUCAACACGAAGCCUGUUGUGUUCCAAUCGACUCGCUGCAAGGUGUGCAACAAGACAUUGGAACUGCCGGCUGUGCAUUUCCUGUGCAAGCAUAGCUUCCACCAAAGCUGUCUGAGCACGGACGAGGAUGUGAGAGAUGCAGAGGUGGAGUGCCCAUUAUGCAGUGGCCAGAACGCAACAGUCAAGGCGAUCAGGCGCGCGCAGAUCGAGAGUGCGGAUAGACAUGAUUUGUUCUCAGAUGCAUUGCGUAGGAGCAGGGAUGGGUUCGCUGUCAUUAGUGAAUGGUUCGGUAGGGGUGUGAUGGGCGUGGAAGGGAAGGAUUAG